AUUGAAGAUAACACGGUGUUUUAUAGUUGAAAGGACUCGGUCCCAUUAAAACCUCGCUCCCUUCGGUCGCUCGGAUUUAAACUGGGACCGCGUCCUUUAAAGCACCUAUAAAAUACUUAGGCCCGGUUGUAUAAAAGCAUGUCAAGUUGCAUGUCAGCUAACACUCUGUCAACUUUAACCGAUUGUUAACAUUGGAUUAUUUGUGACAUCGUUUUAUAAAUAAUUUGCGCACGCUAGUUAACUGACAAACCUUUGACAACGAGUUAACAUGGGAUCACGUUCGAAUGCUAGAAAUUUUAUCGUUUAGCAAUUUACGUUGGUACGAGUUCCCGCGUUGACGUUUCCCUCCAAAAUGUCGCUUCAAUUUGUAACUUGCUUUGUGUGGUAUUGCCGUUUUGAGAAGAUAAAAUGCAAGAUUUAACAAAAAGAACCCCUAAUUUUUCUGCUAGGGAAAAAAUUACAUUUUUGAAUAUAGUUGAAAGGUAUAAAGCUACUAUUGAAAAUAAAGGCACGUCAUCUGUUAUUAAUGAGAAGAAAAACAGAGCGUGGGACAAUAUAACACAUGAGUUUAAUGCAGAGACUGAAGUGAGCAGGAGCGUAAAGCAUUUGAAAUUGCUAUACGCUAAUUUGAAAAGGAAAACACGAAAAGAUGUCGCGGAGGAACAUAAAGAACAAUAUUUAAAGGCAAAGGUGGUUGAUGAGGAGGGCAGGCGCGAACUUAAUAGAACCGGUGGAGGCAAUUAUAAGCCGCAGUUGUAUGAAACAGGCGCUCAAAUUUUAGCUAUAAUAGAAGACCAAGUGCAACCUUUACCAAAUUUUUUCGAUGAUGCUGCGAACUAUUUUCACGAUGUACCUACAGAUAUUCCUGGGUGUUCUGGUACUCAACUUCGGGCACCGACUCCUGAUUUGGAUCCUGGAGAUGUACCAGUUACUCAGCCUGUGCCUGAGAUAAGAGCCACAACAUCGCGCCGUACCAGGAUUAGAACAACGAGAAACAAAAAUGUCAAUUACAAGGAAUUAUACUUCAAAAAAAAAUAUCAAAUAGCUUGCUUCGAACUAAAAUCCAAACGGCAGCUGCAUGUUUUAGAUUUAAAAAUUAAACGUAAAGAGUUGGAAAAUUUAAAUGCAAAAUAAAAAUAAUUUUUCAUUCA